AUGGAAGGAAAAGUGCAACACACUGCAUAUACGUUACUCACCCUGGCGGCUUUCUUUUUAAAGCUUGGGCUCUUGAGAUUAGCCUGUGAACUUAUUUGGAUGAGUGCUUCAUUAGCUUUGCAAGAAUUUAUCAAAAAACAUGGCCUCAGAGUUUCUCUGUGCUCCCAUGAAAGUAAACGACAAUUUGACAGGAAAUUGUCCCAUGAUCUUAAGGGAAAGUUUGCUAUUUUUGAAAGCUUCUACACUAACAAACAUUCUCGUGGAGAUGUAAUGGACGCACUGAACGAAGCUACCAUUUUUUGGAAGAGUCUGCAAGAACUUGAAAUAACUGACAAGAAAAAAAGAGAGCUGGAAAAUCGUUUGUAA